AUGUCAUCCUCAAUUCUACACCAAUGUCCAUUUUGUGGGCAUCUUUCCGACAUUUCUCUUGCCCUGGCUGCCUUCCUCGAGAACCCCCACUGUAACCAGUGUGGUCUGUCGGUGUCCGAAAGCCAUGGGAAGUUACAAGACGACCUCUCGGCGUUGUUUGACAGGCAAAUGACGAUGGGGUCAUUGCUUCCACCCCCGGAGCAAACCCCUGCGGCCACGCAGACGCCGAUCUCCUACAUCUCCCAGCAUUAUCAUCAUUCGUCCCAUGUAGUUGCCCCAAACCCCGGUCCUGCCCCAUUGUCGACUUCGGUUGAAACCGAGGACUCGGCGGUCCAUGAUGUCUUACGGCAGUGUGGUCUUGACCCCAACGCCUUCUCCGUGAACCAACUGGACCUCUUCAAGAAUGCGGAUGCGGAACAGCAGAAGCGUUUGGUUCAAACCUGGCAGGUAUAUUCUGUGCACGAGAAUUCCACGCUCACCCAGGACAUGGAGAUGAAUGACUCCACGAAUGACCAGAAGGAUGCCGAGCCUUACAUGAUGUCUGGCUAUGAAAUCAUCCCCGAACCAACCGCGAAGAGCCCUCCGAACGAGCCUACAACGGGAGAACCUUAUGCUGCCUCGACGGAUCCGGUGUACAAGAGCCCCCAAUGGUGGGAGACGGGCCAGACGGGACCAAUGGAGUCUCAAUACGGGAUAUUCGAGGAGAGGAACCGAUAUUUCUUGACGCAUUGUAGCGUUGCCCAUUCUCACUACUAA